AUGAUAUCAGAAGAUGAAGAAAAAUUGAAUAUGAAUAAUUAUCAUGAUAAAAAUGUUGCUAUACUUGUUCCAGUUAAUGAUCGUGAACCACAUAUAACAGUAAAACGUAUAUUAUGUCAUCGACGACGACCAAAUCGAAAACGAAAUAAUUUUUUUCGAUCACGGCGUUAUCAUUAUUUUAUGGCGCGUCGAGUAUAUCAUCGAUUUACAAUGAAAUCAACUCGGAAUAUUCUCCAUCAAUAUAAUAUUCAUUUUACUCGUAUUAAAACUGUAGAUGAAUUAUUAGUUAUUGGUGUUUAA